GGGUACAAGUGAGACUAAUGCAAAACUCUAGUAUCAGGCUCACAAGCCCCGCCUGCCUGACUGAUGAAAGAAAGUAAAACACAAUACCAGCACAGCUAAAGGGGGUGAAUACUCUCACAGAACGUUGCACUUCAUUUUACUCGCACGAUAUUGAUGGAAUCGCCUCUCUCCUUUUUUUCAUUUUUUAUUUUGUUGGCUCCCCUUGUGGCUUUCAGUUGCCAAGGUUAGCUGUGGAGGAGAUGGAUUGUAAUGAGCCCUAGUUCUCACACUGGCGACCCCACAGCAGCUGACGCACUCUGAACACCAAUGUGACACUUGCAACUGGCCGGCAGUCGCCAAUGAUUCGCAGGUGCAAGAAACGGAGGCUGGAGGGGCAUCUCUUGCUACUUGGGGAACGAUGUCUGCUGUAAAGAAGAGAAAGGCUGCGCUGGUGAUGAAGUGAGACUCAAGCCACAUGGCAGCUCUACUCUUGCCCCGACCCCUCUCCUAGGCUCGGCUAUGGAAGCUUUAAACAACACGACCGCUCUCGCUUCAGAGACGGCCAAUGCCACCGAAUUGGAGGAGGUCGCCCUGAGUUAUCAGAUCGUCACUUCUCUCUUUCUCGGGACGCUCAUUCUCUGCGCGAUUUUUGGCAACGCGUGUGUGGUCGCGGCCAUCGCCUUGGAAAGGAGUUUGCAGACCGUGGCCAACUAUCUCAUAGGCUCCCUGGCUGUCACCGACCUGAUGGUGUCGGUGCUGGUGUUGCCCAUGGCUGCCCAAAACCAAGUACUGAACAAGUGGACUCUGGGGCAGGUAACGUGCGAUAUCUUUAUCUCAUUGGACGUGUUGUGUUGCACCUCGUCUAUUUUGCACCUGUGCGCUAUUGCGCUGGACCGUUACUGGGCGAUCACCGACCCCAUCGACUACGUGAAUAAGCGAACUCCCCGGCGAGCCGCUGUGCUCAUCAGUAUAACGUGGAUUGUAGGCUUCUCCAUCUCCAUACCCCCCAUGCUCGGCUGGAGGACCCCAGAAGACAGGUCCGACCCCAACGCGUGCAGAAUCAGCGAAGACCCCGGUUACACUAUUUACUCCACUUUUGGGGCGUUUUACAUCCCGCUGAUCCUCAUGCUGGUGCUGUACGGGAAGAUAUUCAAGGCAGCGCGCUUCAGGAUCCGAAAAACUGUCAAGAAAGCGGAAAAAAAGAAAGUCGCUGACACUUGCUUGUCGGUGUCGCCGGCAAUCGCCGAAAGGAAAAGCAACGGGGAACCCAACAAGAACUGGAAGAGGUCGGUGGAGCCCAAGCCCAGCAGCUGUGUCAAUGGGGCAAUAAGACACGGGGAGGAGGGGGCUGUGCUGGAAAUUAUUGAGGUGCACCAUUAUGUCAACUCUAAAUGCCACCUGCAACUGCCAAACCAUGAUCACCACCUGGCAGUUGCCCCUUGCAAAAACGACACAGCGACUGAAGCAAAAAGGAAAGUGGCUCUGGCCAGGGAACGUAAAACAGUCAAGACCUUAGGUAUAAUAAUGGGCACGUUCAUCCUGUGCUGGUUGCCCUUCUUCAUAGUUGCCCUUGUUUUGCCUUUCUGUGAAACCUGCCACAUGCCACCCUUGUUGUUCGAUGUCAUCAACUGGCUGGGCUACUCCAACUCCCUGCUCAACCCCAUCAUCUAUGCUUACUUUAAUAAGGAUUUCCAAAGUGCUUUUAAGAAAAUCAUCAAGUGCAAAUUCUGUAGACAGUGAACAACAAACCCCCCUUGGUAUUUUUUUGUCUGACUCUCAUCCUAUGCCAACAUCCACCCCUGCUGCCCUCGUUAUUCCAUCAUGGAAGAGGGUUCAACAGGAUCAGCACUUGGCAACUUUGGGGGAUAAAAAAGGACCUUCAUUGGCCAAACAGAGGAGCAAGUACCUUGUAACAUACGGCUGCCUUGUGUCUCACAUUAGACAUUAAAUUACUUUCUUAUUUCUCAGUAUGGUCAUUAAAUUAUUUACUAUUGAAAGUCUUCUGAAUCUCUUUCCCCAGGAUUAAGUGCUGAAGUGAUUAUACGGGAUAGGAGAAAAUGUCAGGACAGAAUGGUACAGUAACAAUGAAAGCGCCCCCAGCCAUGGGCAUCACAUAAGAGGUGGUAACCCAGUCCCAUGGGCAGGUAGUGUGAGAAGGUUUAUGCAGACGUGACCUCUGUAAGCCAUAUUGAGCAACAUGAUCCAAGCCAUCCUAUGCAUAAAACUCAGCUCUCACUGCUUAUUAUUAAAAAAAACAGAAGCAAGAUUGUCUUGAGAAACACUAGAACAGUGAGUAUUGUGUGUAGAAAUGUAAUCCUGAGCUGAAUGUACAGUAUGACAUCACAGUAUUUGCUGGUUACAUCACAGGUUUAUUCGAAAUAAACUUUGCUCUACCGUGCAAAAUCGAUCAUCA